CUUCGGCUUUUCUCUCUCUCUCUUGCUGUGGAAAUUUAGGGUUUUUUUUCUUCCCACUCUUUUACUUCGUGUUCUCAUCACUGAAACCUUAUUUUUUCGGACGGGUUUUGCUUUCCAAUGUCUGUUAAUUACUUGAAGUUCUUUUGUCGGUGCAACAACUUCCAAUUCUUCGGGCGAUUUCUGCUGAUUGGUGGCUUUGUUCUUCCAAUUGAGUUGAAAUAGUGGGUUUCUCUCUUCAAUCGAAGCCCUCUGUGGUUGUGCCUAUGGCGCCGAGUCGAAGAAAGGGCGCCGGUAAAGCUGCUGUGGCAGCCGCCUCGCUCCGGCAGUGGAAAGUUGGGGAUCUUGUGCUGGCUAAAGUGAAAGGAUUCCCUGCUUGGCCUGCUACGGUGAGCGAGCCAGAGAAAUGGGGUUAUUCUGCCGAUUGGAAGAAAGUUCUUGUCUAUUUCUUUGGAACCCAGCAGAUAGCUUUUUGCAACCCUACUGAUGUUGAGGCAUUUACUGAAGAGAAGAAGCAAUCUCUUUUGGUUAAACGUCAAGGAAAGGGAGCUGAUUUUGUUCGUGCUGUACAGGAGAUCAUUGAUUGUCAUGAGAAGUUAAAAAAGUGUGAUAAUAAUGAUGAGAUUAUCUCAUCUGAUGAUGUAGCUCGAGUAAAUGGGGGUAGUGUCGUGGAUUCAUCUGCCAACGUUGGAUCAAAAGAUGAAACAGAACCUCCUUUAGCAACUAAUAACAAUGUGCAGUCAAAUAAUUCACUUUCUUCUAGAGACACGAGUGAACCAGUUUUACCUAUAAAGAUUGUUUCGGCUAGCGAACAAGGUAAUUCUUUGCUUGAUAAAGAGGCCCUGCAGGAUGAAUCUACUGAUGCUGCUGCUUCUGAGCAACCCUUUCCUGCUAGUACCUCCUCAAGAAAAAGGUCUGGUGGAUCAAGAUUAAAAAGCACUGUCACAAAGCGGAAUGCAUCUGUUCAGAGAUCUAGAAGCUCCUCUAGAGUGGGGUCGCGCAGGUUACAACGCUCGACAAUUCCAUUUAACAGUGGGGACAAAGUGACCAAUAACAUUCCUGAAGAGUUAUUGAGACAGAAUAAGCGAAACAGAAAGUCACCUGAUGGAUCUGACUGCGAUGAUGCAACUUCAGAAGCUUUGAUUUCAAAUGUUAGCAUUGAAGAUAAUGCUUCUGAAAUUGUUACAGCUGACUCUGAUACCUAUAGCCUGAACGAAUGUAGCACUAUUGAUUCUGGGUGUAAAUUGGAGCACUCUGAGACUGCUGUAGAGUGUUUGGAGAGAGAGGUUGAGUUUGGCAAAGGACUUGAUCUCCACAUAAAGGCUGUUGUCAUCAAGAAGAAAAGGAAGCCAAUGAGAAAACGAGUGAUCAAUGAUGCAUCCAAAGAUAAUGGAGGUGCUCAAGACAAGGAGGAGAUAAUGGAGGCUGUGGUGGAUGACUCUAACCAAUGUUUACAAAAUGAUUGUGAAAAUAGGACAGAAAGAUGUUCCAAAGAAGAUGGGGAUGAACAUCUUCCAUUAGUGAAACGAGCUAGAGUUCGGAUGAGCAAAUUAUCAUCUUCCGAAGAAUGUAAAAGACAUUCAGAAACAGAAGAACAGAACCAAAAGGAAGCAGUAGCUAUCAAUCUUACUGGAAAAGUUGAGAUUGAUUCAAAUUCUGCUGAUGGUAGUAUUGAUAGAGGCUUGGAUACAGCAAAUGGUGUUCCUAAUCACACAUCACCUUCUAAGGUCUGCACUCAAUUUUUUUCAAAUUGGUCUCAGCUUUGUAAUUUAAAGAAAGACCAAUCGUUUUGUUGCUCAGUUGAUGGGGAGUCUGUUUUACCACCAUCAAAACGCCUUCAUCGUGCUUUGGAGGCCAUGUCAGCUAAUGUGGCUGAAGAAGGUCAAGCUGCUGCUGAAACCACUAUAUCAAUGCGAACGUCUAUGAACGGGUUGCUCAUAACUUCUACAUGUAGUUCCUCUCAUUUCCCGAUGGAAAUCAAAGAAGGCAAUUGCUUAGGGCCGCAGAGUAGAACUUCUCAUGAUGACCCCUCCGAAAUGGAAGAUGAACGAUUCUCCAUUAGUGUGAAUCACACAAUCACCGAGGAAAAUGGAAAGCCACCUUUAAAAGUAGACUUUGGUCAUGAAGCAGAUCAAAAUUCACAGAGUCAACCACAUGAUUUCAAGGAUGCUCUCAUAUUGGAAGGGGAGGGAAAGCAUGUUGAAAUUGCAGACCAUCCAGAUCCACAAUCAGGCUGUCAUUCAGAUAGAACAGUAGUUCAUGUUAAUAGUGUGAAAAAGGAGUCUCCUUCUAGAAAACUGGCCGAUGUCAGAUCUAAUUGUGGCGAAAUGGUUCAGUUACUUCCUCUGGAGAACGAAGGAAACACUGUUAUUGCAUGUCCACAUAUUGUUUUAUCUGAAAAUCCUGAUGAGCAUUUGGAAUCUUCGGAGAACAUGGUUCGUGGACUUGUUGCUGGUCCCAGUGAUAUUGCUAGGCUUUCACAUCAUAAUGGAUCUGAUGACGUGAAGUGUGGUGCAGAUGACAACAUGGUUGCUACGUCCCCGAAGCCUGCACCUGCUGAAAAUUGUGAAGAGACCAACAUGCUUGAUGUGAAAGAGGUAAACGGUAGAGAUUCGGUGAACGAUCGACCAUCUCCCUUUUCUGGUGAUCACGUUGUCCAAAAGGAUGUAUCAGAAGUACAGUCCAGUCUGUCUGUUUCAUGCACGGACAAUUCUCUUACAAUGGAUUUAGUUGAUCCUAUCUCUAUUUCAGAUAGGCAUGGUUUUCUAAACAAAAGUAUCAGUUUUAGUCCCAAGAAAAGUGUGGGUGUUCUGGAGGAAGUUAAGUUUGAAUCUGCAGUGACUCUAAAGUUAAAACCUAUGGGCAAGGAUGUGGAAGCGCAUGCUGCUCUUUCAUCCUUCGAAGCCAUGCUUGGGAACUUGACCAGGACAAAAGAUAGCAUUGGUCGAGCGACACGUGUAGCUAUUGAAUGUGCAAAGCUUGGUGUCGGCUCUAAGGUGGUUGAAGUUCUCACUCGGACUUUGGACACGGAAUCAAGCUUGCAUAAAAAGUUGGACUUGUUCUUUCUUAUUGAUUCAAUCACGCAGAGCUCUCAGAAUCUAAAAGGCAAUGUUGCUGAUAUUUACCCACCAGCCAUCCAGUUGGUUCUCUCACGACUCCUGGCUGCUGUUGCUCCUCCCGGAAGCAAUGCGCAGGAGAAUCGUAAACAGUGCAUUAAGGUUUUAAGGCUAUGGUCACAGAGAGGGGUCCUUCCAGAAUCAAUAAUUCGUCAUCAUAUGCGAGAACUGGAGUCACUAAGUGGCAAAUCAUCCGUUGGUGCCUACUCUCGGCGUUCAUCGAGAACAGAAAGGUCAUUAGAUGAUCCUCUCAGGGAAAUGGAGGGCAUGCUUGUUGAUGAAUAUGGAAGCAAUUCGAGUUUUCAAAUUCCUGGUUUCUGCAUGCCCCAAAUGCUUAAGGACGAAGACGGGGGAAGUGAUUCUGAUGAUGGAAGUUUUGAGGCUGUUACUCCCGAGCAUACAUCUCAAGCUCGUGAUGAACCUGAGACUGUUCGUGUUAUGGAUAAACAUAGGCAUAUCCUGGAAGAUGUUGAUGGUGAGCUCGAAAUGGAAGAUGUUGCUCCCCCUUGUGAAGUUGAAAUGAGUUCCUCUAACUCCGUAGUUGUAAAUGUCAUCGAGGCUGUGCAUAAUAAGUUUGCGCAGCAUUUUCCUCCACGUAUGCCUCCACUCCCUCAAGAUGUGCCACCAUCAUGCCCACCUCUUCCAUCGUCCCCUCCUCCCCAGCCUCCGCCUUUGCCCCCCUCAUUCUCCAGGAGUGAUUCAUGUGCCAGUGAUUUCGAGUUGGAGCGCUCCUAUAUGGACACAAAUAAUGUUCAAGAUAAUUCGAUGCAACUGGUGGGACAAUCAUCAAAUACAUCUGGGACUACUCAAAGAACAAGUGAUGCAGUACAUUACCCCGCUUCAUCAAAUGCAUCGGGGACUAGUCAAAGAACAACUGAUGCAGUACAUUACCCUGCUUCAUCUAAUGCAUCUGGGAUUACUCAAAGAACAAGUGAUGCAGUACAAUACCCUGCUUCAGAACGCAGAGAUCUUCAGAUGCAGAUGCCCGAAUCUACUUCUCGUUCUUUCAGCAACAUCCCUGCUCGAGUAUUGAAUAAUGGCCAGCAUGAUGAUUCUACUGCAUUGCACAACAGUGGUUACCCCUUAAGACCACCCCAUCCUCCACCACAAGAUCAGUUUACCUAUGUCCACGGAGAUCACCGCAUGAAGCCUCGAUGGGAGGAUCCUCCUGCUUCUUAUUCAAGUAGGUUCCGCUAUGCAGAAGAUACCGAUGGCGAGUACUUCUACAAUGACCACGAAAGAAUGAGACAUUACUCCUACGAACCACAUGAGAACUGGAGGGUUCCACGACCGUUCUACGGUUCUCGCUAUCAUGAUAGAGGUAGAACAUCCUAUGGUCCUGUUUCUUGCGGUGGAACUCCAUGUGAACCAACAAGAUUACAUAGCCAGAGGUGGAGAUUUCCCUCUCGAGAUAUAAACAGUAGAAGCUCAAUGCCUUAUAGACAACCUUAUGAUGGCCCCGUGCGUGUUUCAAAUAGAGGAUCGCGAUCGCCGAAGAGGAGCAAAAAGAUGGGGGCAUCUCACUCAGUGGCAGAGAAAUCCAUCCAUGAAUUCACAGUCAAGGAUUUCAAAGGCAAGGACGUAAACCUCAAUGACUAUAAGGGGAAGAUCCUUCUUGUGGUUAACGUUGCGUCUAAAUGUGGGUUUACAGAUUUGAAUUACAAGCAGUUGACUGAACUGUACAACCGAUACAAGGAUGAAGACUUUGAAAUACUGGCAUUUCCAUGCAAUCAGUUUCUGAAGCAAGAGCCCGGAACAAGUGAGGCGGCUCAAGAAUUUGCUUGUACAAGGUACAAAGCAGAAUAUCCAAUCUUCCAAAAGAUACGUGUGAACGGGCCAGACGCGGCGCCAGUCUACAAGUUCCUCAAAGCAACUAGCAAUGGGUUCUUAGGCACCCGGAUAAAGUGGAAUUUCACCAAGUUCUUGGUAGAUAAGGAAGGGGUUGUCAUCAACCGCUAUGGCCCGUCCACCACUCCAUUGUCUAUUGAGAGUGACAUCAAAAAAGCAUUGGGAAUUUCUCGACUUACCUCUAGACCUCAUGCUUAAUGUAAGUCCACAUGAGUUAAAGUAAUUGAAGACACUAAUAGAAUAUAACCAAAUGGUAAAGGUGUAUUCUCCCUUGGCUGUAAUUAUUGUAUUAGCAGUAAUAGUCCAACGGGUCUGUCUGUGUGCGUGUGCGCGUGCGUGUUUCUUCUUGUAUUUCGAGGGAAUGUAAGUAGUGGCUAUUCUUUGUGUUGUGUAGUAUUUUUGGAGGCUGUUAUUUGGAUAUGUUUAUUUGUUUGAUUUGUAUUAGGAAGUGCAUUAUGGAUGGCCAAGUUAUCUUCAUAAACGUUGUUCUGCUGGUUUGAUUAUGCAAAGUUGUUAAUGACGAAUAUCGAAUAGGAAGCGUACAUUGUUUUAGAAGUAA